UUACUUAAUAAAUAUAUCGCUACUUAUUAUUCCCUCGUUUUUACUAAUUUUAUAGUCGAAAUAGACCGUAAACUAAUUUCUAAGGGCUCUAUUAUAAAUCUAUAUAAAAAUAUCGUUUUUAGUACUUUUUAUAAUACUUUUCUUAUUAAUAAACGCUAUUUUAAAACCCUAUUAUUUCUUUCUAAGCUAGGAAAUAGGAUUACGAAGCGUAAGAUUACUAAUAAAAAGGCCCUCGAGUACUUUUUAUAUAAUAGUAUCGAGGACCCCGUUAAAGUAAUUUUAAAUAAGCUUAAGAAGGUAAAAAAAGUUAAAAUUAUGUUCGAUCUAAGUAAUAGAAUCGUUUUUAAAAACUACCCAUAUAUGUUUAGUAACGUAGCUUUAGAAAUUAUAGAACGUAACUUUUUAAUAAUACCCCCCUUUAUACUAUAUAAUUAUAAAGUUAAUUUUUAA